AUGGUCUGCGCCUUCACCCACAACUGGGACCGGGUCGACAACUUCCAGAGCCGCCCCGAUGACAUCGUGGUGGUCACCUUCCCGAAAUCCGGCACCACCUGGGUCAGCGAGAUCGUGGACAUGAUCAUGCAAGGCGCUAUGAUCUACGUGGGGCGCAACGCCAAGGACGUGGUUGUCUCCUUCUACCACUUUGACCUGAUGAACAAUUUUGAGCCGCACCCAGGGACGUGGGAUCAGUACCUGGAGAAGUUCAUGGCCGGCAAAGUGGCCUACGGCUCCUGGUACGACCACGUCAAGGACUACUGGGAGCGGAGGAAGGAUCACCCCCUCCUCUACCUCUUCUAUGAGGAUGUCCCGCAGACCCCCCGCCGGGAGAUCACCAAGGUGGCCCAGUUCCUGGGGAAAGAGCUGUCGGAGGCGGCGCUGGACGCCAUCACCCGUCACACCUCCUUCGAGACCAUGCGGGACAACCCCAGCACCAACUUCACCAUGGUGCCCUCCAACUUCAUGGACCACAGCAUCUCCCCCUUCAUGCGCAAAGGCACCACUGGGGACUGGAAGAACUACUUCACGGUGGCCCAGAGCGAGCGCUUCGAUGAGGACUACGCACAGAAGAUGUCGGGUACCGACCUGCGCUUCCGCACCCAGAUCUGA